ACCACAAAAAGCAAGACUAUCGGAGAUAAUACCUGAAACGGGCGGGAACCCACAACCGUCUGUUUCUGCUGCCAUCAAUCUCCAUGGCCUGCACUGCCUCAACUCAAAGUCGCUUCAAGAUCUCAGUGUCCGAAAAACCUCCAUUUUUCCGAACGAAGAAGCCGCGAUCGUCCAUCUUCUUCUUUUACAGUAAUCAAGACCAAUUUUCAAGAUUUAAUCGCCACUUCAAGGCCGAGGCUCUCAUUUUUUCAACGCCAUUGUUAUCUCGAUCAAAGCUCAAAUUUAAGGUUGGAGCUCAAAGAGGGUACGCGGAGGGGGAGGAAGCAGAGUCGCUUGUAACUGACGCAACAUAUCAGGAGCCUUUUUCUUGGUCAUCUGUGAUUCUCCCGUUUCUCUUUCCAGCUUUGGGAGGAUUGUUAUUUGGGUAUGACAUAGGUGCUACCUCUGGUGCUGCCAUAUCGUUGCAGUCACCUGAUCUCAGUGGCACAACUUGGUUCAACCUCUCUCCUGUUCAGCUAGGUCUUGUGGUUAGUGGGUCCUUAUAUGGAGCUCUUCUUGGUUCUCUUCUUGCGUUCGCAUUUGCAGAUUUUCUUGGAAGGAGGCGGGAACUCAUCACAGCUGCUGUACUCUAUGUGCUUGGUGGUCUGACAACAGCCUAUGCUCCAGGUCUUGGUGUUCUGUUAGUAGGCCGGCUGCUGUAUGGCCUUGGUAUAGGCUUGGCUAUGCAUGGGGCUCCUCUUUACAUUGCUGAAACUUGCCCAUCUCAGAUUCGUGGAACUUUAGUAUCUCUGAAGGAACUCUUCAUUGUGUUGGGAAUUUUGUUGGGUUAUUUUGUUGGAAGCUUCCAGAUUGAAGCAGUUGGGGGAUGGCGUUACAUGUAUGGAUUCGGCUUCCCAAUUGCAUUGGUUAUGGGACUAGGAAUGUGGACUCUUCCACCCUCCCCUCGCUGGCUACUUCUUAGGGCAUUUCGAGGUAAAGGAUCCAUACAAGAUUACAAAGAACAGGCCAUCUUUGCCUUGAGCAAACUAAGGGGGCAGCCACCCGGUGACAAAGUGUCUGAGAGGCAAAUAGAGGACACCAUGGUCUCUUUAAGGUCUGCUUAUUCGGAUCAGAAAUCUGAGGGGAGUUUCUUAGAGGUGUUUCAGGGGCCAAGUUUAAAAGCUUUCAAAAUUGGUGGCGGUUUGGUUCUCUUUCAGCAGAUAACUGGGCAACCAAGUGUUCUAUAUUAUGCUGGGGCAAUCCUUCAGGGUGCUGGAUUCUCUGCUGCUGCUGAUGCUACCAGAGUUUCAGUUGUCAUUGGUUUGUUCAAGUUACUGAUGACAUGGAUAGCUGUCUUAAAAGUCGAUGAUCUGGGAAGAAGACCCUUGCUAAUUGGGGGUGUUAGCGGGAUUGUUGUUUCCUUAUUUUUGCUUUCUGCUUAUUACAAAUUUCUUGGAGGUUUGCCUUUUGUUGCUGUCGCUGCUCUGCUUCUCUACGUUGGUUGCUACCAGAUCUCUUUUGGGCCAAUUAGUUGGUUAAUGGUGUCAGAAAUUUUCCCCCUCCGAACGCGAGGAAGAGGAAUUAGUCUUGCUGUUCUCACCAAUUUCGGUUCAAAUGCCAUUGUGACCUUUGCUUUCUCACCAUUGAAGGAAUUGCUGGGCGCUCAGAAUGUCUUCCUCCUUUUCGGGGCUAUUGCUUUGGUGUCACUUUUGUUUGUUGUGUUCUCUGUCCCAGAGACUAAAGGUUUGAGCUUGGAAGAAAUUGAAUCUAAAGUCUUGAAGUGAGCGAAAAUUUGAAAAUUUUCAUAGCAAGCUUCUUGUAUAUAUUGAACAAGUAUGGUUAAUCGGCCUGUGUUCUUCGUUAAGUAAGUUUGCAUGAUACCUGCUGUACAAUAGUUUCAGGCUUCUUCUUCUAUCAAUAAAGCGAGAUGCUUGUCAAUAUUAUCAGUGAUCUUUCAUGUUUAA